AUGGGAUCUGUUACGCCCGGUUUCGAGCUUCGCCAAACUCAGAUGCACCGUCUAUCGGCUUCGGAAACGGUGACAAUGCUGCGAAAGGGGUACCUGACCGUCUCUGACUAUGCUGAGCGUCUUCUGUCACGGGUUUCUGAGCGAAAUGAUACGGUCAAUGCCUGGGCAUACUUGGACCCGCAUCUCGUGAUGGAACAGGCCAAAAGACUGGAUGCCAUCCCAGCGAAUGAACGAGGUCCUCUUCACGGAGUCGCUGUAGGCAUCAAAGAUGUCCUCACGACACGAGAUAUGCCGACGCGAUAUGGCUCGCCCAUCUUUCAAGAUGACAAACGCACGUCAGUGGACGCCACAGCUGUCCUCAUCCUGCGCUCAGCCGGUGCCCUGAUCUUUGGCAAGACCAGCACCACCGAGUUCGCCGCCACACACCGCGGAGGAAGCUGCAGGAAUCCGCACAACACCGACCACACCCCCGGCGGUUCAUCUUCAGGUUCAGCAGCUGCGGUUGCUGACUUUCAGAUCCCAAUCGCCAUCGGUUCUCAGACUGGCGGGAGUAUAGCUAGGCCCGCUGCUUACACUGGCGUCUAUGGAUUCAAGCCUACAUGGGGUGCUGUAGCAACUCAAGGAAUGUCCCAAUUUUCUCCAACCUGCGAUACGCUGGGCUUCUUUGCUCGCACCGUGCAGGACCUGGAGCUAUUGGCACCCGUGUUUCGGCUUCCCCUGCAAAAAAGGCAGGUAUGGGCUGCUAAUGGCGAUCCUCGGGUAGCCUUUCUGAAAACGGCUGCUUGGGAAAAGGCAGAACCUUCAUUACAAGAGGUGUGGGAGGAUUGUAAAACGAGCUUCGGCAGACUCGGUGUUAGCUACGCAGAUGUUGAGCUCCCACAAGAGUUCACAAAUCUUCAACUUGAAGGGUGGCACGACGAUAUCCUUACAUUCGAGGCUCAAAGGACCUUUCUUGGUAUGUAUUUGACGUCAAAAGACAUACUUGAUCCAACAAUAGUUCACCGUCUGGAGAAGAAAGAUGUCAGUGCAGAUAUAAUUCUUCAGAGAUACAACGGCUGUGUUGGGUUACGAUCCGAGUGGGACGAAUUCGCACGGAACUACGAUAUCAUUAUCACGCCAAGUGUAACCGGUGAAGCACCCCAUGGCCUUGAAUAUACGGGAGAUUCGUGCUUCAACUCCAUGUGGACAUUGCUCCAUGCUCCCGUCAUCAGCGUCCCCGGACUCAAGGGAAAAGGCGGUCUUCCGCUCGGGCUCAGCGUUGUCGGAUCGAGAUAUGAGGAAUCCAAGGUAUUCCGCGCCGCACAGUUUCUGGCAGACGUCUUUGCAAAGAGAGAAGUCUUGCAACCAGAGGUAGGAGAGGGGUAG